UUGGAACAGGAACAAAUUGGGAGGACCGUUAAAGCCCUGGCCAUUGUUUAUCUUCUUCACGAAUUCCCUCUGUUAAACCCUAGCACGAAGACUGUUGGGCAAGUGGAUAGAACGACCGGUGAAAAUGUAUCUCCAGUUUUACAUAAACGAGAAUGGCGACAAAAUCUAUACUACUAAGGUCAUGUGUAUUUACAAUGCAGUGCUUAAGUGUCAGCGUAAAGGAGUACUAAUGCAGUUGAAAAUCUUUGUUCGGUAAUCAAGCUUUAAGAAGUUCUAAGGGCUGAAAACUGUUCUACAUUCUCUAGAGCCAAGUUUGAAAAAUCAAGGCAAGGGAGUGCAAGAAUAACCCCAUUUUCAUCAAAGAAACUCGAGUGGAGAGAUUGCAAUCCCAAGUUGCAAAGGCUGAGCUUUUAUUAGGAGCAUGAUUUCUAGUGUUUUUUUUUAAGCAAAGAGUGAGGAUAAAUGACCCAGCAAAGGGUGGCGGUAUAGUGUGAGAGAUGGACCACGCUUUUAGGGCCACGUGCCUUUCGGGAAAUUUGAUGUCUCCUACCUUAUUAACUCAGCCACCAAGAUGGCCAUUUUUCUCUACAUGUGAAUUGUCACUUAGUUUGAAGUCAUCCCCAUUCCCAUUUCUUGCCAAGGCUAGUGCUAGUGCUAUUGCUCAUGGUCGUGGUUUUCCUUAUAUUAGCCAACAGAUUGAUAAUUUGGAAAAAAACAGGGGCAACCCUUCUCAAUUUCAUUCUCUGUUCCAUCGUCUGCUGCUGGGUGAUAUUAGCUGCUGCUGCUGCAGUGACGACGGCGGCAGCAGCAACAACAACAACAAUAAUGGUGGUUGGAAUAAUCCUUACGGUUCUGAGGGAUCUUGGUGGUGGCAUGACGAUUCUUCACAGUCUCAUUACCCUUUUCUCGUGGUAUUAAUACUCUGCUGGUCCAUGUUAUGCUGCUUCUGGCACUUGCAAUUUGCCAAAUCUGCUCUCGCAAGAACUACUACUACUGGUGCUUUUACCUCUCAGGAGGAGUCUGAGUCAUUGGAGCCACGGUCUGUCUGGGAAGUAAAGGGAGGUGAGUGGACCAAGCUCAUCCCUGAUAAUUAUUAUGAUGCAUACAUUGUUGCCCAACUUGAUACUGGAGCUGGUAUUAGAUUCACUCAAUCCUUCAUCCAAGAGAGGGUAUGGUUGUGCUGCAGAGAUCUCUUUAUGCGUUUGAUGCUCCCAGAAGGUUUUCCACACAGUGUAACCAAUGAUUACUUGGAAUACUCGCUAUGGAGAGGAGUCCAGGGCAUCGCUAGCCAAGUCAGCGGCGUGCUUGCCACGCAGUCCUUGCUCUAUGCCAUUGGAUUAGGGAAAGGAGCCAUCCCUACUGCUGCUGCUGUCAACUGGGUUCUCAAAGAUGGAAUUGGGUAUCUCAGCAAAAUUAUGCUCUCCAAGUACGGGAGGCAUUUUGAUGUUAAUCCCAAGGGAUGGAGGUUGUUUGCUGAUCUUUUGGAAAAUGCUGCUUUCGGACUGGAGAUGCUGACUCCUGCUUUUCCACAUCUUUUUGUUCCCAUUGGUGCUGCUGCUGGAGCAGGACGCUCAGCUGCUGCACUCAUCCAGGCUGCUACCAGGAGCUGUUUCUAUGCUGGUUUUGCCGCUCAAAGGAACUUUGCUGAGGUAAUUGCCAAGGGUGAAGCUCAAGGAAUGGUGAGCAAAUCUAUUGGUAUCAUGCUUGGUAUAGCAUUGGGUAAUUCCAUUGGUUCCUCCACAUCUCUUGCUCUUGCUUCUUUUAGUGUGGUUACUUGGAUUCACAUGUUUUGCAAUCUGAAGUCAUAUCAAUCCAUUCAACUGAGGACUUUAAAUCCUUAUCGUGCAAGUUUGAUAUUUAGUGAAUAUCUCCAUAGUGGCCAAGCUCCUCCAACCAAAGAAGUCAAUGAUGAGGAACCCCUUUUCCCAGCUCUUCCAUUUCUUAAUUUCAAUUCUUUGUACAAAGCACAACCAGUUGUCCUAUCAUCCCAGGCAAAGGAUGCAGCUGCCGAAAUUGAGUGCCGGCUGCAGCUCGGAUCUAAGCUCAGUGAUCUUGUCAGCAACAAAGAGGAUUUACUCGCUUUGUUGAAUCUGUAUAGAAAUGAAGGCUACAUUUUGGUUGAGCAAAUGGGAAGAUUCUGCGUAGUGCUUAAAGAAAGUUCUUUACCCCAUGACAUGCUCAAGGCAUUGUUCCAUGUCAAUUAUAUGUACUGGUUGGAGAAAAGUAUGGCAAUUGAAGCAAGAAGUGCUUCCUAUGACUGUCGAACUGGGGGGAGGCUGCAAAUAUCUCUAGAGUAUGUUCAAAGGGAGUUCAACCAUGUCAAGAAUGAUGGGGAAUCAGUCGGUUGGGUCAUGGAUGGCCUUAUUGCAAGGCCUUUACCUAACAGGAUUCGAGUAGGGAAUGCGGCCUCGUCUUUUGCUUCUUGAUACGAACCUCUGCCUCUGGAUGACAAUUUCCAUCUGCAUUCAGUUGAACAAUUUUAAAUAUUGCUAACAAAUAGAACAAAUAAUCAAUAUUUUCAAGUGUGCAAUAAAAUGGGAAUUAUCUUUUA